GGGUAGAAGACAAGAGAAACGGCUUUCUUGUUAAUUUUUCUCAUUCAGAAACUGCCACCCAUUCACCAGGGAGGCUCCAAUCAUCUAUAUUCCAGGCGUUCCUCUUGUUCAUCAUUCAACCACUUUCCCCCAAUUCCUUUGUUUCUUCUUAACCUUUCCACAUUUUGGGCAAAUUUGUCCUUCUUGGGGACUGGGUUAUCUCCAGUUUAGCUAAUUAGUUUGUGGGUUUGAUUGCAAUUGCAAGUGUGGGUUGAUUGAUUCGGGUUUGAUCUGUUAAUCGGUAGGGAGCGGAAAAGUUUUUGGUUAUAGAGGGAGGAGAAGGGGGCUAUGAGCAUCCCUAGAUUUUGGGAAAAAGUUUACACGAAGAUGGUUGAAGGGGGAUCUCGUUAUUGUUCCAAGAAGAAGGAUGAUAUCUGCUGCGGGGAAUCGGGUCGUGGAUUAAGCGUGUCAAGAUUAAAAUGUUUUCUGCGAGGCCUGGACUUGAAAGUUUUAAUCUUCCUUUUUGUGCUGGUACCUACUUGUGUCUUUGGAAUCUAUGUUCAUGGGCAGAAAAUCACCUACUUUCUGCGGCCUUUAUGGGAGAAACCGCCUAAGCCCUUCAACGAAAUCAUUCACUAUUACGAUGAGAAUGUGUCGAUGGAGAAGCUCUGUAAACUUCACGGUUGGGGAGUUCGAGAGUUCCCAAGACGUGUGUAUGAUGCAGUAUUGUUCAGUAACGAGGUGGACAUGCUUAACCUAAGAUGGAAGGAGUUGUACCCUUAUGUGACAGAGUUUGUUUUGCUCGAAUCAAAUUCAACAUUCACGGGACUGCCAAAGCCCUUGUAUUUUUCUAGGAACAGGAAGAAUUUCACAUUUGUUGAGCCACGGCUAACUUAUGGCCAAGUUCCGGGGAGAUUUAAGAGGGGAGAGAAUCCUUUCGUUGAGGAGGCUUACCAGCGAUUGGCGUUGGACUAUCUUCUCAAGCAAGCCGGUAUUCAGGAUGAUGACUUGUUGAUUAUGUCCGAUGUUGAUGAAAUACCCAGUCGACACACUAUAAACCUCUUGAGGUGGUGUGAUGAUAUACCUUCGGUCUUGCAUCUUCGACUGAAAAACUAUCUUUAUUCAUUCGAGUUCUUUGUUGAUAACAAUAGUUGGAGAGCUUCAGUCCAUAGAUACCAAUCUGGGAAGACAAGGUACGCUCAUUAUAGACAAUCGGAUGACAUUUUGGUCGAUGCAGGGUGGCAUUGUAGCUUCUGCUUCCGUCGAAUUAGCGAGUUCAUCUUCAAGAUGAAAGCAUAUAGCCAUUGUGACCGAGUAAGAUUUUCUCAUUUUCUGAACCCGAAAAGGGUCCAGAAAGUUAUUUGUCAGGGGGAUGAUUUAUUCGAUAUGCUACCAGAGGAGUACACAUUCAAGGAAAUCAUCGGGAAGAUGGGACCGAUUCCCCACUCCUAUUCUGCUGUUCAUCUUCCAUCCCAACUUUUGCAGGAUCCUAACAGGUACAAAUUUCUCUUGCCCGGGAACUGCUUGAGAGAAAGAGGAUGAUGAUGAAUGCGAGAGUGAUGAAAGUACUUUUCCUUGAAAAAAUUCUAGUGGCCAGCAGAGAUGGCUCCACUCCACGAUGUAUCUAACUCCUCUGCUCUAGGAUAGUGUGGAAUGUAUGGAUGAAUUCUUUGAGUUGUGAACGAACGAAAGAGUUGUAUAUAACAUUGAUGAUGGAUAGAGCAUGUUCGUCGAAUUAGUAUAUGAAACUUGUUAUGUCUGCAUAGAAUUAGACAUGUAUAACCUCCUCUCCUGCUGCUUUUUCUAUACAAGUUUUUGUCAUUUUUGUUCCUUAAUGUUGAGAUGAUUUUGAUGGUCUUCCCUUC